AAGGUGGCGAACACCCCAUUAUUCCAUUCAUUGAUCUUUUCCAAAUUCUGUCUGUCCUUUAAUUUCUGUGUGUCUGCCGAAGUUGGUUGGCUUGGCUGGUUGUUUUGAGUGAGAGAAAGAAAGAAGCAAAAUUGUAAUUGUAGUAGUUGUUGUUGUUGGAGAAGUUUGGAAGUGAAGAAGAAGAAGAAGAAGAAGAAGAAGAGAUGUUUAAACUGAGCAACAACCUGAUUGGGAUUCUGAAUUUUCUGACAUUCCUCUUCUCCAUACCAAUCCUGUGGGCAGGAAUAUGGCUGAGCCGACAGGGGUCAACAGACUGCGAGAAGUUCCUGGAGAAGCCCCUCAUCGCUAUUGGGAUAGUCCUGAUGGUGGUCUCUCUCGCCGGUCUCAUCGGCGCUUGCUGUCGGGUCUCAUGGCUUCUCUGGUUCUACCUCCUCGUCAUGUUCCUCCUAAUCCUCCUCCUUUUCUGCUUCACCAUCUUUGCCUUUGUCGUCACCAACAAGGGAGCCGGAGAGGCUUUGUCAGGGAAGGGCUACAAGGAGUAUAGACUCGGGGACUACUCCAAUUGGUUGCAGAAGAGGGUUAAUAGUACCAAGAAUUGGACCAAGAUCAAGAGUUGCUUGCAGGACGGUAAGGUCUGCCAAAGCUUGAUUGAUGCUGGCUCUAACACCACGGUUACCCAGUUCUAUCUCGAGAAUUUGUCCUCUGUUCAGUCGGGUUGCUGCAAGCCUUCAAAUGACUGCAAUUUCACGUAUAUUAGCCCAACCAACUGGACAACCUCAGCCAUAUCUUCUUAUACAAAUUCAGAUUGCAAGCUGUGGAACAAUGACCCAAGUAUUCUGUGCUUUGACUGUCAAUCAUGCAAGGCUGGGCUUCUGGAUAGUAUCAAGCAUGAUUGGAAGAAGGUGGCUGUGAUCAACAUUAUAUUCCUCGUCAUCCUCGUCAUUGUCUACUCAAUUGGUUGCUGUGCCUUCAGGAACAACAGGGAACACAAUUUUAUGUGGAAAAGACGGCCCUGAAACUCGCUCUGAAUGUAUGGAUUUCCGCUAGUUGUUACUAUGUUAUUAGCCGCAUAGCCGUGAGGUUUUAUUAGGGCUUAGGGCUUCUACUGAUCUGGUCUGUUGUAUUCUAUACUAGUCUCUGAAGAAUCUGUACCCAGUUGCUUUCUUUCUUGUAUAUUUCUGUCUAUUACUUUUCUUAUUAUCAGUUUUAUCUGUUAUUUGACAUAUAUUCUAUGGAGGCUUUGGUUGCAUUC